AUGAACCAAACAAACUCCGCACCAUCCGUAGCCCGGCCCCUACGACGGGACCACUACUUCACCCCGGUCACCGGUCUCAGCUUCUUCAACGCUAGGGACCGUGAGACAUAUCUCCUCGCCGGUGAAGACUCGGAGCUCAAGAUCUAUGACUUCGAGGGUCGGCUGCGUGGCCAGCUCAAGAUCUUCCGUGCCCAGUCCAUCCAUGGCAUUCACAUCCGUGCCGGUAAAGAGAACGGCCACCAACGGCGGCAAGUGCUCCUCUGGGGAAACCAAGCGGUGACUGUGAUUCCCGCCAGCCUUGUCGAGGAUCUUAUCCUUGCCGAUGGAAAGACGGAUGAGCCUUCGGUGCCGCUGGGCGUCGUGGAAGCCAGAGCGCCGGACUGGAUCUACGACGGCGCCAUCUCGCCCGAGGAUGCGGGCCGUGGCGUGCUAGUCACGGCGCACAAUGAGGUCCUCGAGUUUUCCAUCGGGGACGACGACCGAACUCUUGAGUUCGGUCGCAUCAUCUCGCCCUCGCGGCCAAUCCUGUACUCGGCCAGCCUCACGUGGAUAUCAAAGACCUCCGUCCUAGUGGCCGGGGGCACCGUCUUUGGUGAGAUUGUCGUCUGGAAGUGCCACUUCUCUGGCGAUGCGGUGGAGGCUGAGAAGAAGCCGUGGAGCGAGGUCUUUUUCGUAUUCACUGGCCACGAGGGCUCCAUCUUUGGCGUGGACAUUUCCCCCGAGAUCGAUAUUGGCGAGGGGGGCAAGGCGAGGCUGUUGGCCAGCUGCAGCGACGACAGGACGAUACGAGUCUGGGACAUCACCGAGAGGCCCGAGGCCCCGCGGCUGCAGUACGGCGCCUUCGGCGAAGUUCGAGAGACGGGGUUUGGAGGUGCUACCGCAGCAGCUGCCGCGGCCGCCGCGGAUCUCACUGCGACGCAGGUGGCGUCAAACGCGCCCCUGGCCAUGGUCAUGGGCCACAUCUCGCGCAUCUGGAACGUCAGGUUCCCGCAGACACUGGACGAUCUGGCGAGCCACUCCGCGACGACGAUAUACUCAUUUGGAGAGGACUCGACGUUGCAAACCUGGUCCCUGGAGAUCGACGUCGGGCAAUGGCGGCGGAAGUCCCUUGCCCCUGCGGCCGCGGAUGACGUCCAAGUCGGCGCUACGAUCACGCACAAGGAGACGUACGCCCGCCACGACGGCAAGCACAUCUGGGCCACGGCGCUCACGCAAGCGGCAGGCGGCGAGGUGGUGGUCGCCACUGGCGGCGCCGAUAGUAAGAUCAACCUUCUCUCGGACCGUUCGCGCGCGUUUCGUGGUGGGAUGUCCCAGGUGAGGGACUUGCCGAGCGAGCUGCGCACUUUGGUGAUGCGGGACGUGAUCGGCAAACUGCCGGCACGGGACCCCAACUUUGCGACCCCGUCUGAGGUGAAGAAGGCGUUCCACAGGCUCACGUUCAUUUCGAGGGAAGCACUGCUCGCCACGAGCAACACCGGCCGUCUCCUGAUCGGCACAUUCGGGACGGAGCUGACGUGGUCUGAAGUCGGGACCGAUGCGGAUACACUGCAGGCGCUGAGGACCUGCACCAGCGUCAAGAGCCCUGCGCCAGGCAUGGCGCUGCUAGGCACGGCGAGCAAGAAGGUCUUCCUCUACAGCGACUCGGCCAUCCGGCAGAUCGGCACGGUACCGGGUAAGAUUGCCGACAUCUUCUGCUUGGGCAGCGCUUCGGGGACGACGCCGAAGCUGGAUUUCCUCGUUACCAUGCUGGGAGGCGAGGAGGCCACGCAGAUCCUGACUCUGGACCUGGCGACCUACACAGUCACUUCCAUGGUCUCGGUUCCCGAGCUGGAUAGCAGGUUCGUUGUCACAGCCGCCUGCCAGGUGAACGACCUCCUAAUCCUCGGCUCCCGCCACGGGUACAUGUCCGUCUUCCGCCGCACCGACGGCCAACUCGACACGCUCGCGGCGCCGGGCAGACGCACCAACGACGCCAUAACCUCCAUCAACCCCCUCCCCGCCCCGUCCCCUUCUUCUGCAGCAGCCCACAUCAUCACAACAAGCCGCGACGGAAACUACCGCAUCUACGAACUCCCCCCCUCCGCCUUCUCGUCCCCACUGUGUCUCCGCCACGAGACCGCCCCCGCCGCGGUCCCGAACAUCGAAGAUGCUUGGGUCGCUGGAACGGACCUCGUCCUCUGCGGCUUCCGCAGCAAGCACUUCAUUGUCUGGAACGAGACGCGCCACGAGGAGCUUCUCCGCGUCGACUGCGGCGGCGCGCACCGCGCUUUCGCCUACAUCCCGCAAGACGGCAACGGCGACGACGGGCUGCGCUUCGUCUACAACAAGGCCGCUACGUUGGGCGUCUACGUCCAGCCGCACGCGUCGGCCGCCGUCGCCCACCACCGCACCCUCAAGCGCGGCUCGCACGGUCGCGAAGUCCGCGCCGUUGCGUACUCCGGGCGUCGGUACAUCGCGUCGGGUGCCGAGGACACGGCCAUUCGCAUUUGGGAGUACACCGCUAUCCCGGAGUCGGGUUCGUCGAGACGGGAACUGCGCUGCGUCAAGGUAGUCAAGGUGCACACUGCGGGGCUACAGUCCCUUAAGUGGCUCGGCGAGGAGCUUCUCUUUAGCUGCAGCGGCAACGAGGAGUUCAUGGUCUGGCGGGCGAGCGACCUCGGCAGUGUGGCCGGUCUGGGCCUGAUGCGUGAGGCUGUGUUCGCGGACCUGAGCGCAGACGGGGACCUCAGGAUCACGAGCUUCGACGUUGAAAGGCUGGAGGACGGGGCCGCCGCCAUCACGAUGGCGUUCUCCAACUCGUUUGUCAAGACGUAUAGGUACACGCCCGACAACGGCUUCGAGCUGCUGUUCCAGGGGCAGUACACCGGGGCGUGUCUGACGCAGGCGCGGCACCUCCGGGUCCGGGAAGGGGCGUUCGACGUCGUCACCGCUGCGACGGACGGGUGUAUUGCCGUCUGGCGGUCAGCGGGUGCCGAGUACGUUCUCCAGAAGACGGUGCGGGUCCACCAGAGCAGCAUCAAGGCGCUCGACAUACACGCUCCGUCUGCGGGGCGGGCUGUGGUCCUGACCGGAGGCGAUGACAACGCGCUGGGCAUCACGACGCUCGGCUUGUCGGCAGACGGCGGCGGCUUUGCGCCCGUGGCCAGGGCGGGCGUCAGGAAGGCCCACGCGGCGGCCAUCAACGGGCUUACAGUCCUAGGGGCCAAGGGAGCCGACGGCGAGGUGGUCUUCGCGACGGCGAGCAACGAUCAGAGGGUCAAGGCGUGGAGGCUAAGGUGGCGCGAAGGCGUGGAAGAGGUCACGCUCGUGGCUGACGAGUACAGCGGCGUUGCGGAUGCCGGCGACAUCGAGGUCAUCGGGGAUGGGAAGCUCGUCGUCGGCGGCGUUGGGUUGGAGGUUUGGGAUUGGUCCAGAGUGAGUGGCUACUAA